UUUUUUUUUUUUUUUUUUUUUUUUGUAAAAAUUGGCUGCAUUCAAAGCAUUUAUUGAGUUGCCCCCCUUUUAUUUAUUUUUUAUUGUUUCUUUCUUUUCUUUAUACACAUUUAUACAUUUAUUUCCGUCAUGGCUGGCCUUAUACAGUGGUUAUUAGAUUGGUUAAGAAGCUUGUUCUUCAAGACUGAAAUGGAGUUAACUCUAGUGGGCUUACAAAAUUCGGGCAAAACAACGCUCGUAAACGUCAUUGCAUCUGGACAGUUCAUUGAAGAUGCUAUUCCAACAGUCGGCUUCAAUAUGAGAAAGGUUACAAAAGGUAAUGUGACAAUGAAGUUAUGGGAUAUUGGAGGUCAACCACGUUUCCGAAGUAUGUGGGAAAGAUAUUGUCGAGGCGUCAAUGCCAUUGUUUUUGUUGUGGAUGCUGCAGAUCGUGACAAGUUGCAAGCUGCAAAUACAGAGCUGAAAAACUUAUUGGAAAAACCCCAACUUGUUAAUAUUCCAGUACUUGUGCUAGGAAACAAAAAUGAUUUGCCUGAAGCAUUAACAGCUGAAGAGCUGAUCGAAGCAUUACAUCUUAAAUCCAUUACGAAUAGAGAAGUAUCUUGUUAUUCCAUUUCAGCAAAGAAUCAAGUCAAUAUCGAUGUCACAUUACAAUGGCUUAUUAAAAAAGGAAAAGGGCAAAAGUAAUCUUUUUUGAAUCACAAAUUAAAAAAUACCCCCUUCAACAAAUCCCCCUCAUACACACACACACACACACAUUAAAAGGCCGAUGGACAAACACAUUUUUGUUUAAUGAAUUACAUAAGGAUCCCAUGCCUUUUUUUUAUAUAUU